AUGCUCUUUCACAAGCGAACAGAGGCCACCUUUACAAAAUACAACACGCAACAAGCCCUUAUACCGCGUAGUCUCGCCGUACUUGCGAUCGCAGUUACUACCUACGCCUACGAUCGCAGUACUUCCAUAUGCGACUUGGCGUACAAUUGGCGUAUCUACCAGGGCGAGAAGACACAACGAAUAAGAGAAUAUCGGGAUCACGCGACGCCGAGUUUGGACGAGUUUGUGAACGGUGAUCUCACGUUUCUCGGGCUACCUUUGCCUCAAGAGUCUGCGUGCACCUGGCAAUCUGGGAUAAUCAAAUGUAGCUGGACACUCGAUGAAGGCAGCUACUUGCAGAAGUAUUUAUCUGCUGCCUUUGGAGCGAUCGAUAGGCAAGGCCUGCUCGCCCGUUCCAUAUCCAUGGUAGGAUUGUCGAUGGACGGCAACACUAGUACAGCUUCGUGGGUAACUGCGCCAGGCGUGAAACACCCGACAGGAUACAUUCCUCGACCAGGGCCAUCACGUAGUCAUUCCACGCAUCUGUACGCAUUUGGAAAAGUGCCAAGCGCUCCGAAGUCGAUAACUCUGGCGAGAAUGGGUGCUUCGCCGAUGGCCCGUCCCUGCGGCGCGAUCUCUUCACGAUCGGAAUACCCAAAAGUUGAGAGACCACUACUGAGAAAGCCGAGGGACCCAGAGGCGAACCCAGAAAAGGCCUUCAGCUCGCCAAACACGAUUUCUGAUGGGACACGCUCGAUGAAGCAGGAAGAGAGGCAACCCACCGCUACCUCAGAUGCUUCGAAGGCCUCGGUGGCACAACCGCAUCGGCACACGCCUCCGUGCAAUACCGGUACCCCGCAGUCUCACUCAGGGAGCGCAUACAGUCAUGCAGCGCCGGACGUGAGAGUCAAAGUAGAAGAGACGAAUAUCUCUCUUGGCCAACCCCACUCACCUCUCACCAAAAGUAUCGCUCGUGAAACCGGUGCGUCCACAUCCGUUCCGUCCAGCCUCACGACGCCGAGUGCUACGACGAGUGCACCACCAACAAAAUCCGAUGGCAGCGUGAGCAGCCUGACACGGGAGGUGUGGGACGUUCGGCGAGAGAUCGCCGCCCUAUCCGCCCGGGAAAUCGCGCUGCAAACGCAGCUCAAGCGAUUAGGAGCGCGCCCCGCGCCAGAGCCUCCAGUGCCGCCCUUCGUGGAAGACGAAAUCACGAAGCUCCGCGCCCAGCUAAGAUCAGAGUACGCAGCCCGCAAGACGGCGGAGUCCUCGCUCCGGGAGGAGCAGCGGCGGCGCGAGCUAGCAGAAGCAGUAGUGGCAGACGUACGCCGGGAUUGUAAGACGCCAUUCGUCGUACCCGCGCUCGUGGACGCGUUCUUGCAAAUGUCGCGCAUCACCGAGGAGGUGAUUGGUGUCGGGAGCAGAAGGAACACACAAUGCUCGGGUGUGUAGGUAGGCACGGGCGGUGCGGCCAAUCGCGUAUGAGUCCCAUUUAUCUGUAUGUAUACCUAUGUGUCUGACUCCUCUGGGAUAAACCAUGUUCAUGCACAC